AUGGUUUUAUGCCCAAUCUGUAAACAGACCAUAGCAAGAGAAGAAAAAAAAACAAUGGCAUGCACUGUCCCAACAUGUCAAGCCAUUUUCCAUGGAAAAUGUCUAAACGCAGACGAGAGUGAGUUUGAAGCACUGAGGGCAUUACGAAAAAAUUGGGAAUGCCCGAAAUGUGAAAAGGCACGGAAAAAUAUCCAACCGACAGACAAGUGUCUCAGCCCGCCAAGAUCGGCGCCACAACAACAAACUGUCGACAGCACGUCACAACUGUUACUUGCUGCCAUUAAAAAUUUAACAGAAGAGGUCAAGGGAUUAAAAUUCUCCCUCGAUGCCAAUGCUAACGAGCGUAUGCUGCAUACUGUUGAUAGCGGAUAUUUACCAUAUCCAAGCGUGUUGUGGGAAGGGGAUACUCGAUCAGCGUGUGGCAUCCCUGAACAGCAGCAGCAGCUAAAAUGGUCUGGACGCAUCUGCAUGCUAGACAGACGUCUUCGUAGCAAACCAGGUGGAACUACUCUGUCUACUUUGGAAAAUUGGGCAGGGAGUGGAUGCAGCAUACUGGAGAUGAGAAGUCCUACAACGUACAAAUACCAGUGA